CUAAGUUUCCAGGAUUUCUUGUCUUAGCUACGUCGACUUCGCGACCCCCGACAUGCUGACAGCACAGUAAGCAGCCUCGCUGCCCCGUGACAACUCCUCGCGUGUCUUGCCCCGCUAGGGACCCCUCGCGUGGCGGCGGUUCGUCGAGUGGCUUUCGUUCGGAGUGUUGUCGACGUCUCAGCCCCAGACCCGUCCAAUAAGGGGUGAUCCGCGAUCCCUAUCCUCCCUCCACGCGCUGCCACCUCUUCGCAAAGCGCGGCCGAUUCUUCGCCACGCGUGGCGACUAGUUUCCCGCCACACUCCUUCUUCUCCAUCUCGCCCUCGCUUUCCGCCACUCUUGCCAAUCACCACGUCACCAUGCUUCCCACCAUGGGUCGUGUCAGCCGGCCCGGGCCGGUUCGGCAGCAGUCCAGCCUGCCGCAAUACCUGCGACGAAUCGUUAAGUGGCAGCAGAUGGACGCGGAGUACUGCUUCUGGCAAAUGCUGCACCUCUGCCUCUCGCCGCGCGUCGUCUAUCAGCACACAAAGUAUCACAAACAGACGAAGAACCAGUGGGCGCGGGACGAUCCGGCGUUUGUGGUCAUCUCUGCCAUGCUGCUCGCCAUCUCCGCCACCUCCUACUGUGUCGCGUACGGGCACGGCAUUGCGCAGGCGGGGCUGACAGUGUUCUCAGUGGUGGUCUUUGACUUCCUCCUCAUUGGGGCCGCCAUCGCCACUCUCUGCUGGUUCAUCUGCAAUCGCUACCUGCGGGACUCUGGGGGCGUGUCGUCGCAUGUGGUGGAGCAGAAGGUGGAGUGGCUGUACGCCUUUGACGUGCACUGCAACGCCUACUUCCCCCUCUUUGUCCUUCUCUACGUCGUGCAGUACUUCCUCUCGCCGCUCCUCCUAGCCCCGGGCUUCAUCCCUCUCCUGCUAUCCAACACCCUCUACUUGGUCGCGUUCUCCUACUACCACUAUCUCAACUUCCUUGGAUAUGACGUGCUGCCUUUCCUAGACAAGACAACUGUUCUGCUCUACCCCAUGCCCUUGCUGCUGCUCCUCUUUCCUAUAUCCCUUCUGUCGCGCUUCAACCCAACUCAGUUUGCUCUCAGCUACUACUUCGGCUGACCUUGAAACUUGCUUCAUGUACCUUCCUGAUGCAUGCGAGCGAACCAUGACGAUGUUGUACAUUCACAGCUGAUCCUUGCAUAUUUACUCUUGAGGUGUUUACAGCUGUAUGUACCUCUUUUGUGGGUGUAGAGAAUUCCAUUACCCUGGAUUGGUGUGUUAUUUGUUUUCCCAUA